AUGGAAGAAAUCUUUUUGCUUGAAAAACCCUCCAAAGUACAGAAACAGGAACCGAGCAUUCUAACGUUUUCAGAGGAGGAUGCGAAAGAAAUUUCCAUGCCACAUGAUGACGCGUUGGUGAUAACUUUAACAGUGGCUAAUCACGCUGUUCACCGGGUUUUGGUGGACAAUGGAAGUUUGGCUGAUAUUCUGUAUUGGACAAUUGUUCAACAGUUGAGCAUUAGCCGAGAGAAGUUGAAGCCCUUCCUAUCACCAUUGAUAGGGUUUGUAGGUGAGCGUGUUCAACCCAUUGGAAUGAUUUCUCUUCCGGUCAUAGCAGGAACCGCCCCUAAACAAUCCACUAUCAUGGUGGAUUUUUUGGUAAUCGACCGACCAUCGGCAUACAAUAUGAUCGUCGGUCGUCCGGCUUUGAAUCAACUAAAAUCUGCAACUUCUUCCUAUCAUCUAAAGAUGAAAUUUCAGACAGUCGAGGGAGUUGGCGAGGUUAAAGGUGAUCAAGUUGUCGCCAGAAAGUGUUAUAAUACAUCUUUGAAGAAAUGCCCGGAAUCAGCACUGUUGACGAUCAGCAAUUUGAGUGAUGACAGGAAGACUCAGUUGAAAAAGGAACCAGCCGAGCCAUUGUUCGAUGUACCGAUAGCUGAAGGAAAGUUUGUUAAGAUCGGAUCUCAACUAACUUCAGAAGUUAAAAAAGUUCUCAUUCGGUUUCUUCAGGAAAACCUAGGAGUCUUUGCUUGGUCCCCUAAGGACAUGCCGAGGAUUGAUCCAAAGGACAUUGUUCACCAUCUGAACAUCAAUCCAGAAGUAAAGCCGGUGAAACAAAAGCGAAUAAAGUUUGCUCCUGAGAGAAAUAUGGCAAUUGCCGAGGAGGUAGACAAGUUACUCAAAGCUCAGUUUAUUGAAGAAGUACAUUAUCCCGACUGGUUAGCCAACGUUGUGAUGGUUAGGAAGUCUUCUGGAAAAUGGAGGAUGUGUGUGGAUUUCACCGACCUUAACAAGGCUUCCCCGAAUGAUAGUUUCCCACUGCCUCAUAUUAGUUCGUUAGUUGACUCAACAGUCGGGUAUGAGUUACUGAGCUUCAUGGAUGCGUUUUCUUGCUACAAUCAAAUCUUUAUGCACUCAUCUGAUCAAGAUAAAACAGCAUUCAUCACUGACUGA